AUGGUGGGGUCAAACUGUGGAGGUGGUGGUGGAGAUGGUGGCGAAGGUGGUGGUAGGUUGUGGGAAGCCCUGGGAUUUUCCGUGGUGGCAUAUUACGGCCACAAAUUUGAAAAGUUGGGACUGAAUUCUCCUCCAAGAUUGAACAAGCACAUUAGAUUCCGCUCUACUUCAUCCACUACUGCUGCAAAUGAUACUGUACAAUGUGGAUCAACCCCACCUCAAAUGGAAGAUACUGAUCCAUUGAUUCAAGAUGUGACAUCUCGAAGAUCAACGUCUCCUUCUCCUCAAGCUGCAAUAGCUCCUCCUAUGCUAACAUGUAUUCAGACUGCUUCUUUUUAUCAAGGGGAAUCCAGUUCCAACUUUCAAACUACUAUGCUCUUUCAAGUCUCUCUAUUGGUGCAGAUUACCCAAUCUCUGGGAGAAAGAUUGACUAUUGUAGAAAAGGAUGUGGCUGAUAUGAAAUUCUUUAUGAUCUUGGCUGAUGAUGAUGAUGAUAAUAUCGUUAUUAAAGUUACUCCCCCAAAUUCUCUAGGUGAUAAUCCUCCACCUCCACCUCCACCUCCACCUCUAUCAUCAAAUCCUCCUCCUAAACAUCUUCCUCCUCCUCCUCCUACAUCUCAUCCUCCUCAUCGCACUCCUUCUCCACUACCUGGCUCCCCUCCCCCAACUGAUGAUGCCAAAUAA